UAGCCGUUGGCCGGUGAAUUUUGACUCUCAUGCUCUGCGUUGUAUAAUUAUUAUCACGGACAUUUCUGCUAGUGCCAGCCAGGACACAGAUUAGAGAGGACGUCACGAUUGUUUACUCUUUUUGUUCACUAUCAGUUAUUUGGGUACCCCUUGUAGUUUACACUUUGCAGCAGGGGAUUAAACUAGUUUGACAAUUAGGACCUGAUUGGACAAGUGUCUUUUGCUGUUUGGUGGAACGCGGAAGUCCAGUGCCGACGAACGAAGAAGAUGACGAACGUUGUAACUGUGCGUGUGUGAACGUGUUUUUCGAUUUUAGAAGCCGUUCAAGAAAACACCCAAGACAACAACAACAGACACAUCGUUUUUAUCUCAGAAAUAUUCCCGCCUAACAAAGAUAGUUGCUGUCCAUUUUGAGUGAGGUAUUUGUUUGGAAUGCUCUUUGACAAUCUGACAAUAACCAUGGAUAGUCUCGUGCUGUACCCAGAAUAUCACAGACUUGUGACGGUGGUCGUCCCCGAUUUGUGGCAUUACUACCAACACGAGCCGAGCCACCCCGACGGAUUUGUCGGAGAUGUCAGAACGUAUUGUGUGCCCAUUUCUUGGGAGGAACUGAAAUUGCCAUUCUCCCUGGCAAUUAUUUGGACACUAAUGAGAGUUUUGAUGACAACAAAGGUUUUUAAGCCUCUUGCAGUUUGGGGAAAGCUGCGUGAAGACAACAUCAACAAGUUACCAGAGAGUGCAUGGCGUUGCAUGUGUCACUGUGUUACAUGGAGUUUUGCUGCCUAUGUCCUGUUAAGUCGCUACCCGGAUUUUUUCACCAAGCCACACACAAUGUUCAAAGAUUGGGCACCGGGCAAUGCGGUUCCCUACGACAUCUACCUUGUGUAUGCAAUCCAGGGAGGAUACUACCUACAUCGUAUUGUGGAUACGCUGUUCCACGACAUAUGGCGAACGGAUACCAUAGUCAUGUCCCUCCAUCAUGUCCUGUCUCUCACGCUUAUAGCAUUCUCAUAUGCGACAAGAUAUCACAAGAUUGGAAUCCUGGUGUCCUUCUUUCACGACUUCGAUGACAUUUUCUUAGAGUUCUCCAAAGUCUGCGUUUACCUCAAGUUCCGCAACGGCAAGAAGCAUAAUAUUUUUCAAAUGCUGGCCAAUAUUUUCUUCACCUUCCUCACCUUUUCCUGGUGUGUGAUGCGUCUAUACUGGUACCCGUUGAAGGUACUGAAGAACACCAUACCAUUGGUUGCUAAGCAGAACGAGGUUCAUCACAUGCCGUUUGGUAUCAUCUUCAAUAUCAUGCUCUGGAUUCUACUGGCCAUGGAUAUCUACUGGUUCAUGCACAUCCUCGUUGUCUUGAAGAAAGUUGCAACUGGACAGAUGAAAGAGUUGGAUGAUAUCCGUGACCUUGACGUUACCAAAGAAAUAGCUAAAGCUAAUGCUGCCAAGAAAGAGCAAAAGACCGAAUAGAAGAAUUCAC